AUGCAGGAGGCUGAUCCAGAGUCAGCCGGACCAUCUCAGUCAGAGGAGACUGAAGCAGAGAGAGAGAUGCAGGAGGCUGAUCCAGAGUCAGCCGGCCCAUCUCAGUCACAGGAGACUGAAGCAGAGAGUGAGAUGCAGGAGGCUGAUCAGGACUUAGCCGGCCCAUCUAACACAUGGGAGCCACAGCAGACUUUUCAUUACAACCUGUCCUUGGCCCGGAGAAGCUCCUCCUCAGAACUCGAAUUCUCAGGGGAGGAGAUGAAUGAGAAGUAGGUAGCUCUUUGUCUUCCCCAUACUUACCUCCUAUUCUCUAUACUGUGUGUUCUGCAACUGACCAAAGAACCAAUCAGAGGGUGUGUUUGUGGUGUACAUGUAUAUAGGCUAGUCCCGUAGAGGUCAAGGGUUAGAUAGUUUUAAUAAUUAACAGUACUCAUCUAUUUAUCCCUUUUGCAGGCAAUGGAUUCUUUCGACUGAGAAUAUCCAUGAAAGGGUGAGUUAGAGUUAGCGCUGGAAUUUUCUAACAUCAGGGAGACGGUAAAAUAGACUAUGGGUGCAUCCCAAAUGGUGCCAUUUUCCAAAUAUAUGCCCUACCUUUGAUCAGAACUCUAUGGGCCCUGGUCAAAAGCAGGGCACUAUAUAGGGAAUAGGGUGCCAUUUGGGAUGCAGUCUAGAUCAGGGAUGGGCAACUGGUGGCCGUGGAUCCCCUUUUGUAAGCCCGCGGAUCAAUAAAAAAAAUGAAUGGAACUCAGUCAGGGUCUCAACUUAUUGUUGAGAGUUAGAAUAGUAGAAUACACAAGGUGCCGUUUUCAAUUUUGGUUUUGCAUCAGCAGUUUUUCUCUUGCUAUGUCAGUCACUGACAGUCACUCAAUUAGCCCAUGUCAGCUAAAACAUUUUUUGGGGGGUAAGUUAGUCUAGCGGCCAGCUAUCUAAAUUUGUAGUAAUCAUGGUCGAAUGGGGAGGGGGCAAUGGGGAGGGGGCAUUGAUUUUGUUAGUCACGCUCACUCAGAUAUCAAAUGAGUAGAAUUACAUGAAAGUAGUUCUACAAUUUCAAAAUGUUCUCUCUGCCCCAGGGUAAAAUGUGUAGAAUUGCAGCAAACUUGCUUUAAAACGGCAAAAAAUGUUCUACGCCACAUGGCAAAAUGUGCAGAAUUGCAGGAAAUUAACCCUAAAACUUCAAUUUUGUCUCUCCACUGUCAAGAGGGGAUCCGCUAAAAUCAUUUGCUGGCAGAGUGGGGGGCAGGCCCCAACAAAAUGUUGCUUGGGGCCCCCAAAACGCAAGGGCCGACUCAGACUACAUGUGUGGGUAUGGAUGUGGGAAUGAAGACCCGCGAGCCACUGCGGCCCCUCAUGAUGAGUUCAGAUUUUUUUGGCCCCCACGCCCAUAAAAGUUGCCGAUCCCUGGCAUAGAUAUUCUAUUACAAUACUACAGUAAAUGUACCAGGAGCUGGCGAGUCAGCACUUUGAGUCUAGACAAUGGGAACCUGGUGAGCAGGCUUUAUAUCUCAACAACAAGGUCGGAGGAAGUUGAAUAGAAUAACUUUAUUUAAUAAGUUGUGGCAUUCAGGUUAGAUAAUAAAGACAUCACAAUGUAGACAGACGGUGGAUUUAAUUGAAUGUUCAAUUUUAGAACAAUCUUUCCCGGCUGUUCUUUUACAUUACAGUCCACCAUAGUUGAAGCUCAUGCUAAGUGCAAGAACAUCGUGUCAUGGGUGAAGGAGGACUCUUCAACAGUGGUGGUCCCUGCCCUUGAUCUCAUCAUGUACAGGCAUUUGCCCUGGACACCAUCAUCAUCAUCAUCAACUUCCUCCUCCUGGUCUUCAGUCGUAAUCAAUGAAGCAGAUCUGGAAGCGGCCUCCAUAUGCCGCAGCGUCAGAUUCAACCUUGGGCCAAGUCAUGGGCCAAGCGAGGUCACCAGCCCUAGAACUGGUGCCAGGACACGGAACCCAACUCCCUUCCCCUCCCCCCUUUCGUAUGUACCCCCCUGUAGCUUAUUCCUCCCCAUAAUGGUUGGAACAGUUAAUUCCUUAACUUCAUACAUGUGUAUAAAUAAUGACUUCUCUAAAAUGAUUUAUUUCCACUGAAUACAGAUGUAGGAACUUACGUUUGCUACAGCAGGAAAAUAAUCCUGCAGCAUUAGGAAAUGUGAAUUAAUAUCUGGAUUAUAAUUAAUGGACAUUUUUGAAGGGGUUGAUACAUUAUUCGUAAGGGAAAAAAAUCUAGUCUGAAAUGUCAAAGUGGACUUCAGAAGCCUUUUAAAACCUCAAAUACACUAUACGUUUUACAUUUCCUACAUUGCAGGAAAGUUCUCCUGCAACAGGGUGAUCAAAUUAAGAUCCUGCAUCUGUAUGACUUUAGUUGAUUCUUUUAAAUAAUGUUUUAAAGCAGUGUUUGUGUCCAGAAAGGUUUGUUAUUGUCGUUGUUACCAUAUCUUUGUUGUGGGCUGCUCUUCAGGUCAGAGGAGUCUUUGGGAAAUGAGGAAGAAGAUCACAACCCAAGAAGAUAUUCCUCAGCAUCUGAGAACGGAGAUAGAGAGGAUUGGGACAGACCCCGCUCAGACCCCCUGAGGUCUGUGUUCGGACUGUCUCACAACUUUAUCUUCAGUCAGGUUCACAGAGACGCCCGCAGGUACCUGAGUGAGGUCAUACUGCCAUCCAUCCAGAGGAGACCAAAGAAGAUGAGGCCUAUUAUUCUGUCUGCGGACACCAGGCUGAUCAUGGCCAUUGUGGAGAUCAUCUUCAAGCAGAUCAACGCCAGACUAGCCCAGCUCAUGCUGAUAGGAGGUGCCAGUCAGGGAGCCGAAGCUCCUUCCACCAGCAUCAGCUCACCGAGCAGUCAGUUUGCUGAGCAGAUGCUGCGGACAAUCACAACCACAAUGAAUGGCCAUACUAUGGGACAGAUGGCGCUCACUUGGCUGUCUGUAAAGUCCGCUAAGGAGAUUGAGAGAGAGCUAGGACGACUGGCAGGUCAGGUCAUUGUUGCAACCAUCAGCAGCAUCCAAAGGGGAAAGAGCGACGCUCAGACAGGACAUGAGGUGCGGGUGUCCUACUUCCUGUCAGCGGUGUCGGCCAAGGUGCAGAGUCUGGUGGUCCAGAGAACGGAGACCAGGAUGUCAGUCAGACAGUCAGUCAGACAGUCAGGAAGCGACCACCUGCUGAACCUGUCUCUGGCAAAGAUCAACAGGGCCGUCGAGAUGAAAAUGGCUGAAAUGUACGGUGGAUCCCUGUGGGAUUGGUCGCUGACAGAACAGAAUAUCCAGCUAGGUCACAGAAUCACUGCCAUGUCCAAUGAUUUGGUGGAUUUGGUGGUCGAUGAUACCCUGGAUGCCCUUGGUUAUCUAGAGUACGAGGCAUUUUCCAGGUCCCAGAGCGCUGGCUCCCGGACAGGGAUUGAAGGCCUCGACAUUGAUGGUGUGGCAAGGGACAUGGUCCGGAAAGCUGCAGCCAAACUCAAGGCAUCCAUGUCUGAGUUUGAGCUGGAGGGGGGAUCCAGAUACUCACAGGGCAGCAGUGGUCCCUCGAACCACUCACCUCUGUCUCGCUCCCACUCCGACCUGAGGAUGCUCUGUGUCCGGUCAGCAGUGUCAGUCAGAACUGCCCUGCAAGUGAUAAAAACAGAGCUUGACAGCAACUCAGACGAGUCCUUUGUUCCAUGCCAGAUGUCUAGAAACCUUCUAGCACGUCUAGUGUCGAGUGUCGAGAGCAUCAGCGAUCUGGAAAUUGGUGAGAUGCUCCAGGGCCCCUCAGCAAUCAUGGAGCCGGAGGCUGUGAGAGAACACCCAGACAUAUCCUCCACUGCCAUCUACCACUCCCUGCUCAUUGAUUGUCCAUUCCCACCAUCAGAGAGGAUUCAGGAAACAAUUAUUCUAAGCCGUCCACUCACUGCACAGGAUGUGACCACACAGGGGGAAAAGCAGCAUCCUGCUGACCUUCAGACCGACAACCUAAUGGCAGAAUACUCUGCCAAGGCCCAAGGGGUAGUGACUCAGGUCAUAAGAGAUGCUUCUUUGACCAUGGACAUCCUUUCAGCCCACGUCUCCUCAAGGAACAUUGCUGAGGCCUCAACUAGCAUUCUUGAGUCCCUUCUAGUGGACUUAAACGAGGAAAUUGAGGUGAGUAAGGCAGGUAGGAUCAAGUUCUGGGAACAGGUCCAGUUAUCCUCCCAGAAACUUUACAGCACAGCUGUGAACGAGCUGAAGAGUUUGUACACUGGUUGCCACCUCACCAAUGAGCAGGACCACCAGGAUACCCAUUUAACUGCUGACAAAAUCCAGGACAUGGAAGUGUCUACCAACAAUGACCUCAAAGACCCAACAGUUGCAGUCAGCCAGGAGUCAGUCAGACACAGCGCCAAGAAGAUCCUCAGCAAGGUUCUGAAUGUGAUCAAGGCCGGAGUAGCUGCCUCAGAGCACUCAUCUGUGGGUGAGCAGAUGACCGAAGAGUGGCAGGUUGCCAUGGAGAUGUUUGACUCCAUUCUGAACAGGCUAGAAGAUGAUGAGCCUGAUGUGGGUGAAGAGGAUCAUCUUCAUGUGAUGUCGGUCCAUGACAUCUACCAGGAUGUCUCAUCUAAAACCUCUCAGGUUUGUAUGGCGGUGACUGGCCAGGCGAUGGACACGCUGACCGAUGAUGUGUCAGCCGCGACCUCUGUGCGUGGUAAGUAAAAUGACCACUUUUCAUUUAUUUUAUUUUGUAAUAUGCACUAAAUUGAUUUUAUUUAUUUAUUUUUUUUCUCCACCUUUAUUUAACCAGGUAAACCAGAUGAGAACAAGUUCUCAUUUACAACCAGUGGCGGCUCCUGAAAAAAUUCUCAGGAGGGGCAAUUUUUCUGAUGAUUUAGGUGACCUACACACAUUUUAAAAAAGAUAUGUCCAGCAACAACAUGAAGACAGGGGCAGCAUAUAAGUCAAUACCAGAAGCAUUUAUUGACUGAUCUGGGGAGAUGGAUUCCAGUUUCUGUGACAGAUUAUAAAUAAUCUCUGAUGCCUUUGUUAUAUUAGCUUUUGGUUGAAUGUACUGUCGUAGUAAAUAUAUAAUGUUAUAGCUUGGUCUGACUAAAAUCUUGUGCAUGACCCAUUUUGUGUUGGGCGUUUGUUUUCAAUCAAUGCUGUUCCUAUCCUAUAACAAUGGACAAAAGAGUCCUAUCUUGUCAGCCUUGUCAGCAGGUGGCCAAGGACAACACCCACGCCAUAGGUCUCUCAGUUCUUCCAACUCACGAGUUCUUGCUCUGAGGACACACACACACACACACACACACACACACACACACACACAUCAUCACUGAUAACACACACACACACACACAUCAUCACUGUUAAACACACACACACACACACACAAAAAUCCCCUCUCUUUAGGCUGAACAUUUGAAGACAGAGAACCCGACUCAGAGCCAAUGCAACAGUGGAGGGGACCUCGCCCAACUCAUCAGGACCAAUCAGAAGAUCAGAACUACUAGAUUCAACCUACAUCAUUUAUUGUAUAAAAUGUCUGCACACAAUGUUUUCGGGGCUCUCUUCAGAUAGCUCCCUAAGAGUUUGACGAACGAGUCCGUGCACGCGAUUCCAGAUAUCUUUACCUCUGAAUAAACUGCCUUUAUUAUACCAUAUCCACCCUGUCCAAAGUCUCUACUUGGUCUCAGUUCUCCAGUAAACUUGUGAUUAUCAACAGUACACAACGGUAACAAACAAUUGGGGGAACUCACGGGGCAGAUAGUAAGGUCGCAGUGACACAGAAAGCAGUUCAAUGUCGGGGGUACAGAGUCGCUCUCUUACCAGGAUCGAUUUUCCCUGUGACUGUGUCAGAUCGCGGUCCGCUCUGACCAGGGUGAAGCCGGCCGGCUCCACUUCUCUGUCCGGGACUCUGUCAUCCAGCCAAGUCUCCGAGCUGUAUUGGAUUCCGCUGCCAGCAGCGUUUUCAUUAUUUAGUCCGUUCGUAGCGGGUAUGUACACGAUCAACAAGAUCAGUCCAAAACCCACCACUGGAAAUCCAUGGUUGGCAGAAUGUUUGUAAACUAAGUGUACAAAUUAAAAACAUAAAAUAACGUCACUAAGUGUACAAAUUAAAAACAUAAGAUAACGCCACACUGCAGGUCGCAACAGAGACGCUGCUAGCCGCUAUUUUCUUAGUUACGUUCAUGGUUACGUCACGUAUGACGAAAGCGCGUAAGUGCAAGCCCACAGACACCCAUAGAGAUUGUAUUGAAAGCUUUGAAAUUUGAAAAAAAUAGAUUUUACAUGGGAGUCUAUGACAGACUUCUGGGCGAUUUUCAACAUGACUGAAAUCGCCCCAAAAACGGGCGGGGCCAUUUGAAGCACGACUUUAGCCUGAUUUGACAUUUAGUGGCAGUCAGAUCAGAUUAGAACACUGAUAACUACUGUUGCCGUGAUAUAAUUGAUUAGAAAAAAAAUCCCUUCCUUUUCCCGUUUGGCAGUGCGUCGCCCAUAUCGCCCUAUUGAACACACCGCCCCUGUUUACAACUGUGACCUUGCCAACUCUCGUGUCAUGUAGGAUUCACUCAUGAGCUUAAUAGUUUUAUUGCAAUUGUGUUCAUUGGAUUUUCAAGAUUGUGUAUUAUUGUAAAAUAUACACAACAUAACUAUUUUAUCUCUUCUGCCCCCAGAUAUUCUUCUGCCCAAAUCAAAGAGAAGUCUCUUCCAGGCCACAAGUACCCACAGGUCAGGCACUAGCCAGGCCUCCAGUGACGUUCUUGCUGAGCUCCAUGCCAACCGCCCUGACACCGCAUUGCCUGUGAAGUGCACUUCUACAGCUGUUGCUGAUACAGAGACUCGUCACGUCCCCUCUGCCAGAGUGAAGAAGAAGAGCCAGGGCCGGAGGUUCAGUUACUGCCCAAAGUUGCCAACAGUCAAGAUCAAGGUAUGGAGCUCCAUGUUUGGGGUUUUUCCCCGUCAUUACGGCUAAAAUAGAAUUCGAAGCUAAUGGGGUCAGAGUGAGACAUUGUGGGGCGUCUAAUGGAAGGAUGAAUUUACUCGGCAACAGGUGUUCAAGAGCAGAGUGGAACCAGAGAGCCACCCCGCUCAAAAGGAGCUGCCUUCGCAGCGUUUCAGCACCUCUCGAGUUGCGCUGGGUAAGCGACACACAAUGAUGAUCAUUUGAUUUUGAUGCAUUGCCAAGAUGUGGCCUGUGGUCAGAGUGAAUGCAGCUUUACUGAGUUUAAUGCUGAGAUGUAUUAAUCCAUCCAUAAUGCUUUCUCUGAUCAAGGCCACUGAGUUUGACGAGCUGUCAGGCAAACAUUGUAGCGACUUUCACAUUUCCCAAGGUCAAAAUCGUAGAUUCUGUCAUUCUGAUGUAUUACCAUUUGUUUGUGCUGUGGUUGGAGAGAAGGAAAGUACAUUUGAUAUGUUCAAUUCUGAUCCUGCAAUGUUCUCUUAUCACAGAUGAUGAUCAUGCUGUCCCAUUCAUUCCCCAACCUGAGGACGACCUGCCACCUGCACCUGCACAGGAGUCCCGUAAACAUCCCCUGUUGGUCAGGGUGUUCCGGGCCAUUUCCAGAGCCAUCUCGAAACCGUUCAAGGGCUGUGAUUUUUGCAAGAAGAAUUAG